GUUCUCAAGCAGACGACCCCGUCCGCAUCUCACUCUUCCGCAAGACGCGAGGCAGUAAUGAGGCUCCAAAAGGGCAAAGAAGAAGCCACAUAAAGUUACUGAGAUCCUAUAUUUACGGGCGAAGAAGGUCCUCGCUCUCUUCACCGAGCUCUCCAAUCAACUCGUUCCAAAAUCCUACAAAAACAAAAACUGCUUCAUCGCUCGACAUUCUCUCCGCCCCCGUUACUCAGUUAAUCAAAGACAGCAUUUUUUCAUCUAAUCAGAGCUUUGUCGUACCCAACGCACUGUGCGCGAAAUCUACUCGUUUUUGUUGAUAGUAUCGGAUUUGCAUUGAUUUUUGUCAAACUGGAAAUGGAGGAAAGGGAACCAAUUUGAUUUCCAUCCCCUAUCCUAAUUGGCCCUAUAUCCAUCGAUCAUAUUAUUCUUAUACUACGAACCUAUAGAUUAUUCACGAAAUGCAUUCCGCCAGAAACUUACACGAAGCAGCCUUUUCUGGUGAUUGUGGAAGCAUCGAAAUCAUGCUCAAUCAAGGACUUAGCGCGGAUACUGAGCUUCAACACUGCCUAACACCGCUCCACAAGGCAGCCAUGAAUGGUCAUCUAGAUUGUGCUAAACUCCUAGUUCAACAUGGCGCCCAGGUCAACGCUGUGGACGCAGCAGGCCGCAGUCCUCUCCACUAUGCAGCAUCUAAUGGGUACUUGAAAGCAGUGAAGUGGUUUGUAGAAGAAGCAGACGCUACCCCGGGUCUCCAAACCAAGAAAGGGCACACUGCAAGAUUAUUCGCCAAGAAACAUGGACAUGGAAAAGUGGCAGUUUACCUAGCCGAAGUUGUUUCACGGUUAAGCCCCAGUCACAUAUAGACACGGAUCAUCACGGAUCAACACGGCAAUGCCGGCAUGAUCCGGGGAGGUCCGGGAUCGUUUUGCCCCGGAUUGAGCGUUGAUGACUGUAAACACGGCAGCUACACGGCAUCUUCACCCGGAUCUACACGGACCAUGCCGGCAGAGCACGUCAUCAACACGGACCAACACGUCAGCAACACGGACCAACACGUCAGCUACACGGACCAACACGUCAGCUACACGGACCAAUACGUCAGCUCAAGGACCAACACGGCAGCUAUAUUGACCAGCACGGCAAAUGAAAAUCUGGUCAUAAUAAUGAGCUGAUAUUCUUUUUUCUCUCAUCCUUGUCGCAACAUUAUAUUAUGUUGUUUUUAAAAAAGAUAUCAAAACUUAAAAAUCCAUUAACCAGUAGAAACACAGUUUUUUUUAAACAACACAGUUUACUGUUUUAACAGCAGUUGUUAAGUACUUUAAAUCUUGAACGACAAAUUUAAUUUCGAUUUGAUAUCACUUUAUUGAAAUCACAAUAAAGGAAAGCAAUUUACAAAGUCAAUAGAAAACAUAAUACAAAUUAAGAUAGGCCCAGGUCAUGACGCAUAACUGUCGAUGUAGGGCAGUAGUAUAAAACUUAAUGUACAAUUUUGAUGUAACAGAUACAUAACAUUUAUUUUAAGAAAAUGAAAUUUGAAAUGAUAAUAACAGAUAAAGUUGGGGUAAAUAUUAAAAAAGAGAAAAAGAAUUAUUCAUACAUGCACUAAGUUUACAAAUAUUAGGUUGGGGCCAAUCUCCAAAGCGUAAGAAAAUAUCAUGAAUCGUUUAAUCAUAAAUAAAUUAAGCAUGUUUGUGUCAACUGUU